GGGCAAAUGUCACUCCUGCUGGGCCUUUUCGACAACCGGUUCUCUUGAAGGUCAGUACAAGAAAAAGACAAAUAAACUUGUCAGCUUAUCUGAGCAACAAUUGGUGGACUGUUCCAGGAAGUUCGGUAACGAAGGUUGCCAUGGAGGGCUGAUGAACAACGCAUUUGAGUACUUAGAAGAAAGUGCCAUUGAAUCGGAGGCUUCCUAUCCUUACGAAGCCCGAGACAAUGUGUGUCGAUACGACGAAUCUGCGGGUCUGGCUAAAGUCACUGGCAUAAUGAAGCUGCCUGAAGGAAACGAGACGGCUCUCCAGAUCGCAGUAGCAACCGCAGGUCCAGUGUCAGUAGCUAUUGAUAUAGAUGAUGAGGGAUUCAUGAUGUACAAGUGA